AUGACCGCUCCGGUGGCUUCGACUGUGGUGUUUGGUCACCGAGGCCCCGAUGCCAACAAUUUCUGGGCACAUGCCGUGUACAAUGCAAUGGAUAGCUAUAAUGCUUCCCUCGAGGUGGGGGCCAAUCCACCGGUUGACGAGUUCCCAUUUCUUCAGUGGAUACCUGACUCGAUGGCUUACUGGAAACGACGUGUCAAAGGCUCGUUCAAGUGCAUGGAUGACACGUGGAACGAAGCUCGUAGGCUCGUCAAUGUUCGUCGACGGAAAGGGAUCAAGCGUGAUUGCAUCAUCGAGUCUAUUCUGGACGGAGAGAGACACGGCGAGCUGGAGCUCAACGACCAUCAGUUGAAUCACUUCAUGGGGGUCUUGGUGGAAGGUGGCGCGGACACGACUGCAUCAGCCAUGUUGACCUCGGUCAUGUUCCUGGCUAUGCAUCCCCAGUAUCAGGAGAAAGCUCGUAAAGAGCUCGACGCCGUCUGUGGCACGUCCCGGUAG